AGUCUGUAGCGGUGACAGUUUCUUUGGAUGGAAUGGGGCUAGCCAGAAACUAACUAGCACUGAGCUUUGAAUUGAAUUUGAAGUUUUCCGAAAAGAUAGCCGCAGCUUGUCAGAGAGUUCAAUAGAGAGCGGAGUGAAAUGAAACGCGAUGUCCGGAUACUGCUGUUGGGGGAACCCAAAGUGGGAAAGACCUCUCUCAUCAUGUGUCUGGUCGGAGAGGAGUUUCCUGAGCAGGUUCCUCUCCGAGCGGAGGAGAUCACCAUACCAGCCGACGUCACGCCUGAGAAAGUGCCCACACAUAUAGUCGACUAUUCAGAAAGUGAACAGUCUGAUGAAGUGUUGAGGGAGGAAAUCGUAAAGGCCAAUGUUGUGUGUGUGGUUUAUGAUGUCACACAAGAGGAAACCAUUGAUAAGAUCAGGACUAAAUGGAUUCCGCUGGUGAACGGUGGUGCUGAGAAAGGAAGCAAGAUUCCCAUCAUCCUUGUGGGCAACAAGUCCGACCUGCGCUCCGGCAGCUCCAUGGAAACCAUUCUGCCGAUCAUGAACCAGUUUUCAGAGAUUGAGACCUGUGUAGAGUGCUCAGCUAAGAAUCUGAAGAAUAUUUCAGAGCUCUUUUAUUAUGCCCAGAAGGCCGUUCUGCACCCGACUGCUCCACUCUACGACCCUGAAGACAAACAGCUGAAGCCGCAGUGUGUUCGAGCUCUGAGUCGGAUCUUCAGUAUCUCUGAUCAGGAUAAUGAUCACAUACUCAGUGACACUGAACUCAACUGCUUUCAGAAAUUGUGUUUCGGGAAUCCACUGGCUCCUCAGGCUCUAGAGGACGUGAAGACAGUCGUGUGGAAGAACACCAGUGACGGAGUCCAGGACAAUGGACUCACACUCAACGGUUUCUUGUUCUUGAACACUCUCUUUAUCCAGAGGGGACGUCAUGAAACCACCUGGACCAUCCUGCGUAAAUUCGGCUACGAUGACACGCUGGAGUUGACCGAUGACUACCUCUACCCACCGUUACGAGUAUCGGUGGGUUGCACGACGGAGCUGAAUCAUCUGGGUCAUCAGUUCCUCCAGAAGCUGUUUGAUAAGUAUGACGAGGAUAAGGAUUCAGCUCUCUCUCCCGCAGAGCUGAAGAAUCUGUUUAGUGUCUUACCCUACAUGCCCUGGGGCCCGGAGGUAUACAGUAACGUCCCCUUAUCAGACGACAACUACAUCUCACAGCACGGGUUCUUCUGCCAGUGGAUGUUAUCCGCUUAUCUGGAUGUCCACCGGUGUUUGGAGCAUCUCGGUCACCUCGGGUAUCCCAUUCUAAUGGAGCGAGAGUCCCAGACCUCCGCCAUCACAGUAACAAGAGAAAAGGCUUUAGACCUGGAGAAGAGACAAACCCAACGCAUUGUGUUCCUCUGCAAAGUGAUCGGUCCACGCGGAACAGGAAAGACCGACUUCCUCCAAGCUUUUCUGCAGCGAAGCACUGAGAGAAACGAGCGCGACCCCGGUCCCCCCACAAUAUACGCCAUCAACACAGUCUCAAUAGCCAAUCAGGACAAGUACCUCAUUCUGGAAGAGGUGGACGUGGAAACAGAGUUUCUAAAAGCAGCAGAUGCAGCGUGUGAUGUAGCGUGUCUCAUGUAUGAUGUCAGCGACCCGGACUCCUUCAACUACUGCGCUAGUAUUUAUAAGCAGCACUACAUGGACAGUGGGAUCCCGUGUGUGGUUGUGGGCUCCAAAGCUGAUCUGAUAGAAGCCAAACAGCAUCAUGGGAUGAGCCCGUCUGAGUUUUGUUACAAACAUCGGCUGCCUUCACCUCUCCAUUUCUCCACGCUGCUCUCACACACUCACACACACAUUUACAGCAAGCUCACCUGGGCUGCCAUGUACCCGCACCUGAACGGAUCAGACAUGAGCAGCACGUCUUUCUGGCUGCGUGUGACUCUGGGCGCCACAAUAGCCGCCAUGCUGGGCUUCGCUCUGUACAGAGCCUUUAGCCGACACAAAUGAUGCAGACACUCGCGUUCUCUCACAAUACAUGCAGAUAAACACACACUCUCUCGUUUCCUGCGCUCUGUCUUGGCCUUACUGAGUCACUGUGGCUUAACAAGGGCGUGAAGCUCUACUAGUUACAGUGACAACAAAACAAUUAAGCAGAUGUUUGUUUGUUUUUUCUCAGCUGGACUAAAGUAUUGCUCACACGCUUUGCUUUUAUUACAAAAAGUUCCCGAUCUUACUGUUUGACUGACACUGGUCGACCCCCAAGAGACAUUUUUUUUCAUCAUGUUUUGAGGGGAACAAUAUCAAGAAAUGAUUUAAAAGGUUACGUUUUGAACUGUACAGAGUUUGUAAUGUAUUUAAUAGCUUGGGAAAUCAGUGUGGAUCAUAAAUAUAUUCCAUGUGAAUUUGUGUUCUGUUUCUGAAGCAUGUGUUCAAAGGCAUCUCAAUGUUGGGGUCGGUUAUUCAGUUUUACCUCAGCCAGUUCAGAAAAUGCACUUAAAUGUAAUUUAUCAUUCUAAAGUAAGUGAAAUAGAAGUUAAAGGAAUAGUUCAUUACAUGAAAAUUGACUCACACUCAGGCCAUCCAAGAUGUAUAUUUAGCUAGAUUUAGCGUCACUUGCUCACCAGUGGAUCCUCUGCAGUGAAUGGGUGCCGUCAGAAUUAGAGUCCAAACAGCUGAUAAAAACAUCACAAUAAUCUACAAGUAAUCCACUCCAGUCCAUCAAUUAACAUCUGGUGAAACAAAAAGCUACAUGUUUGUAAUAAAUCCAUCAUUGGGGCGUUUUAACUUUAAACCAUAAUUACUGGCCAAAAUAGGAGUCCAUAAUUUAUUAUAACGCUUCCUUCAGUGAAAAAGUCUAUCCUCUGUUGUCCUCUCAUCAGAAUCCACGCACAUAUUUGAUUAGACCUGUUUUGGCUUGUAAACAGUGUUUAAUCUGUGCAUAUUUCUCUCCUGAUUCAGACGAGAUGUGUUUUUUCACAAGAGCAAACAGUGUUAUGGAUAUUUUAUUCAGAAACAGAUUUUAAUAUUAAAAAAUGGAUUUGUUUAUUACAAAUAAACAAGCAUGCAUUAUUUGUGGAUUAUUGUGAUGUUUUUAUCAGCUGUUUGGACUGUCAUUCUGACGGCACCCAUUCACUUCAGAGCAUCCACUGGUGAGCAAGUGAUGGAAUGACACAUUUCUCCAAAUCUGUUCUGAUAAAGAAACUUAACUGUUUCUUGGAUGGCCUGUCAUUUUUGAGUGAACUGUUCCUUUAAAUUUUAGUUGACUGCUACAGAUGUCAGCAGAAAAUAAUCAUUUUGGCUCUGAAUUCACAGAUUUUCAGAUGUAUUUAAGUGCAUCUUCUAAAUUGGCCGAAUUAGAGCGAAAUAAGCAUCAGUCCCCAUUAAUUUCCAUUUCAUAUUCCUCAGAUAGACAUUUCUAUGGACCAUGACUGACAAAUGUAUGUUAUUUUUUUUAAGACAGCCAAGGCAAAACCCACUGAUGAUUCUGAGAAUAGUUCAGCUGGACCGAAACUUGCAAAAUCUUGCUUUUCUGUUCGCCUCUAUUGAUUGUAGGGAUGAAUGAUUUCUGAUUAUGUUUAAAAUUGCAGUAGGGAUGGAUGGUGUUAAAAAGUGUAUUUUAAAUGAUGUUUUAGUAAGAUUAAUUGCUCUGAUGCUAUUUAGAGCCAUCCUGUAGUUACAAAAAACAGAUUUCACCAGUGUGAAUACAGUUACUUCAACCAUUAUAAUGGUCAGGAUGGACAGUAAAGGAUGGCCUUGCUGACUGUAUCUAUAAUAUUGUCCAAACUGGAUUCAUGUUGAAAACACUGUUACCAUGUUGACUUUUAUUUCAGCCUAAAAACAUUCUCCCAGCAACCCAAAAGCCAGUUUGAUGGUCUUUCUUGCUCAUUCACUUGUAUUUGCAUGUGAAGAUAUUCCUUCAAAAAGAAAGGCGGUCCUGAUUUAUUGGUUUAAUUUUCAUAAUUCCAAUAUUUUGUUCAGUAUUAAUGCCCAGUAUUAACUUACCCUAAAAAUCCCCCAGGCUUGUGUCCCAUCAGCCGUGGUCUUCCAGCGUCAACAUCAAAUGAGAUGCUUGGAUUGAAGCCAGUAUGUUCUAAUAGAAAUAUUUUGUAAUAAACUAGCUUUUUUUUUCUGGUGA